UCGUGAUUACAUUACGCUGCUACGGUGAUGCACUACUGCUCUUACUGUGAGGCUGUGACGUCACCAUCAAAACACUGACGCCUGACGGAGGAGGACUUGCUGAUCCUGCUGGAGCUGCAAGGUCUGCCUUCUGACGCCUCACCUCGCUGGCUUUAUAAACACCAGCAAGAUGAGCACCCCAAGUGUCCCAUUGUCGUCCAUCCUGCGGUCCAAACAUGAGGAGGCAGAGGGUGAUGAACCAAAGAAAAAGACACGAGAAGAAUGGAAGAAAGCCAAGGAACUGGAGGAAGCCCGAAAGGCUGGCACUGUGCCUGCUGCUGUGGAUGAGGAGGGUAAGGACAUCAAUCCCCACAUACCACAGUACAUUUCCACAGCACCAUGGUACUUUGGAUCUCAGGGUCCCACUCUCAAACACCAGCGUCCCCAGCCGGAGAAACAAAGUGACAUCACACACCUGAACGAGCAUUACAUCCGUGGACAGCAGGGCGAACUUUCCACUCGGUAUCGUAAAGGUGCUUGUGAGAACUGUGGCGGAAUGGGCCACAAGAAGAAGGAGUGUAUGGAGAGGCCACGCAAGGUUGGUGCCAAGUACAAUGCAUUGAACAUUGCCCCAGACGACAUGUCACUGCCAACUCUCAAGCUGGACUUUGACGGCAAGCGUGACAGGUGGAAUGGCUUUGAUCCACAGGAGUAUGCUGCAGUAGUGGAGGAGCAUAAGAAGGUGGAGGAUUACAAGCGACAGAUCAAGGCCAAGAAGCUAAAAGAUGGUGAGGAAAUGAACGGUGAUGAGCCAGAUGAUGAUGAUGAAGAUGAAGACAAGUAUGCAGAGAGUGUGGACAUGCCAGGCACCAAAGUGGACAGCAAGCAGAGAAUCACUGUGCGCAACCUUAGGAUUCGUGAGGACACUGCCAAAUACUUGCGGAAUUUGGAUCCCAACUCUGCAUACUAUGACCCCAAGACGCGUUCCAUGAGGGACAACCCAUACAAAGGAAGGAAAGAAGAUGAAUAUGAUUUUGCUGGGGAGAAUUUUGUACGUUUUACUGGUGAUACAGUGACCCAAGCCAAAGCACAGUUGUUUGCUUGGGAUGCUUAUGAAAAGGGUGUUGAUGUGAGUCUUCAAGCAGAACCCACAAAGCUGGAGUUGUUGCAGAAACAGUUUGUUGAGAAGAAGGAUGAGUUCAAAAAGAAAGUUUCUGAUGAUCUCCUUGAAAAGUAUGGUGGAAAGGAACACCUAGACACUCCUCCUGUUGAACUGCUUUUGGCUCAGACAGAGAAUUAUGUAGAAUACUCACGUCAUGGCAAGGUCAUCAAGGGAGCAGAGAAGCAGACUGUACGUUCUAAAUAUGAUGAAGAUGUGUACCAUGGAAACCACUCUAGUGUAUGGGGAAGUUAUUGGCGUGAUGGCUGCUGGGGAUACAGUUGUUGCCACUCCUUUGUAAAGAAUUCCUAUUGCACAGGGGAAGCUGGUAAAGCAGCUAACAGUGGAGCACCACUACCUAGUAUGGCAACAGUACAGCCAGAAAGUGAUGUGAAGGAAGGGGAAGUAAAAGAGGAGGAGAAGGAAAAGACUUUGUUAGAAAUGCACAGAGAGAAGAAACAGAAGAAGAAGAAGAAGAAGAACAGGAAGAAGAAAAAGAAAACUGAGAGCAGUAGCAGCAGCAGCAGCAGCUCGUCAAGUAGUGAAUCAGAUAAUGAAGAAGAGAAGGAGGAAAAACGCAAGAAGAAACUGCGGGAGGCAUUGAUUCGAGCCAAGAUGGAAGAGGAUGCUGCUGAUGCCCUAAUGAAUGUUGAUGAAAGACAGAGAAACUACAAUUCCAUGUAUAAUGCAAAGGCUCCAACAGAAGAAGAAAUUGAGGCUUUCCAGAUAAGAAGAAUGAGGAAGGAUGACCCAAUGGCGGCAUACUUUAGCAAGUGAAAAUAGAAUGUAUGGUUGCCUGGCAUUUCAGCAAAUCUGUACAAAUCUUGAAUGGUGAGAGGUAUGAAAAUUUAUCACUGAUUUCACUUUCAGGGCGGAUAUUUUGCGAUCCCAGUGGUAACGUAACAGUUUUCAAGCUGAAGACUGCUCUCCAUUUUUUUUUUUUUUUUUUUUUUUUAUUGACUGCAGAAUUAUUAUCUUAGUCUUUUACAUUUAAGUACAUCAUAGUUGAAGGUUCACAUUUGUGGCACUUAUGUUUGUGUUAAAGAUGUUAAGUAAAUAACAUUGUGAAGUGAUGGUUGUUUCUCACAGCCACUAUCACAUGCAGACAACUUCAACACCUUUUCGUAUUCACUGAGAUUUAACUUUUACACUUAUGUUACUAUUCAGCAUAACAUCUUUCCAUACUCUUGUGUUUGACAUAACAUAAAACAAACUGUAUUAUGUAAAUAUUUAUUUAUAUCACAUUAUCUUGUAAAUAUUUAUUUGUAUCACAUUAUAUAAAAAAACAAGACUAGCCCUUAAACAAGAACACUUCAUGGACAAAGUCUCAGAUCCAACAGCUACCUUGUCAGGGUAACAUGAGUGAUCAAGUUACAUUACAAGCUAAAUCAUGCUCUCUUCAUUCAAAUCUUACAAGUGGAGGUCACCUAACAUAAGACAAAGGCUAACUGGCUGUCAGAGCUCUUCCACCAUGGAAGAAAAGAAAAUUCAGAAUUUCUGACCACUAGCACAGCAAACAAUCUAAACCAUCCGAGAGAGAGAGAGAGAGAGAGAGAGAGAGAGAGAGAGCGCGCACAAGCCUAUUUGAGAGGGAUGUCAACUUACUGCACCUGAAAUGAAAAGGCAUUAACUAUGGAACAAAUUUGUGAAAAGAAGCAAUCUUACUUGCAGGAAGAAGUAAUGAAAAAUUUUAACACACACACCUUGCUCAGAGACAACCAAUUAGCCUCAAGUAACAAAUAAUAAUAAAAAUGUAUAAACCCCAAUUGUAAGUUUUGGUUGAAAGAGAGGAGUAUACACUUUGGCAUCUGAAGGUAUUUUCUGAUAAUCUACUAAGUACUUUGGAAAAACAACAUUGGUUCCCUCAGAGGCGAGUAUAGUUUCCCUACACACAUUUGUAUAGUGAGACAGUAAAGUUAUUAUAAACA